CACAGCAGCAGAGGAGAGGCAGGAGCUCAGACAGCACAGUGACGUUUGGGAGACGACCAAAAAAAAAAAAAAACAAGCUGCAUUCAGCUGAUUUCGACGUUCACUUAUCGAGGUAUUUCUUUCCGACUUCAGCUACAGUGAUAGCUAAGUUUGGAGAGGAGGAAAACAGCAGAGUGUGAGCCGUCACGUGCAUUUUUAUUUUAUUUUAAUUUUUUUCUCUGUUUGGAGGGGGGGGGGUCUUAUUGUUGCCAAGCCCCUUAACGUCAGGAAAAAAAAAAAAAAAAGGUUAUUGCGUUGACGUGCAAAACAUCUUUUUCAACAUGGAAAACCCACGAGCCAAGAAGACAUGCUGUGAAUCCAUUCAAGAUUUCUUCACCUCAGCAAAACUCCUUAUCUAUUUGGGUCAUGCACUGUCAACGUGGGGCGACCGGAUGUGGAACUUCGCCGUGGCCGUGUUCUUGGUGGAACUGUACGGUAACAGCCUGCUGCUCACGGCCGUGUACGGUCUGGUGGUGGCCGGGUCCGUGCUGCUGCUGGGGGCCAUCAUUGGCGACUGGGUGGACAGGAACCCCAGACUCAAAGUGGCCCAGAUGUCUCUGAUCGUCCAGAACAGUUGCGUCAUCGUGUGCGGCAUUCUCCUCAUGGUGGUUUUCAGUUUCAAACAACAGCUAGUGGAGGUGUACGACGGAUGGCUGCUGACCACCUGCUACAUUCUGGUAAUCAGCAUUGCCAACAUCGCCAACCUUGCCAGUACGGCAAUGUCCAUCACCAUCCAGAGGGACUGGGUGGUGGUUGUGGCAGGUCAGGACAGCAGCAAGUUAGCAGAUAUGAACGCCACCGUGCGGAUUAUCGAUCAGCUGACCAACAUCCUGGCCCCCAUGCUGGUGGGCCAAAUCAUGACCUUCGGCUCGCACUUCAUCGGCUGUGGCUUCAUCUCGGGCUGGAACCUGUUCUCAAUGUGUCUGGAGUACGUGGUGCUGUGGAAGGUCUACCAGAAGACGCCGGCGCUGGCUGUCAAAGCCGGGCAGAAGGAGCAGCACGAACAGGAGCUCAAACAGCUCAGCCCUGUGAAAGAAUCCGAGACAGGCCAAAGUCCAGAGGAGUCUUCUCAACCCCUAAUGAAUGCAGUCUCACCGGUGGUAAUGUCCGAGGCCCCCAAAAAGCGAGGCUGCUGCAACCAGAUAACCGAACCCCUGCGCACCCUGAAGGCUGGCUGGGAGGCGUACUAUAAUCAGAGCAUCUUCUUCGCCGGCAUGUCCCUGGCCUUCCUCUACAUGACCGUGCUGGGAUUCGACUGCAUCACCACGGGAUACGCCUACACGCAGGGCCUCAACGGCUCAGUCGUUAGCCUCCUGAUGGGUGCCUCGGCCGUGUCUGGCAUCUGCGGCACAGUCGCCUUCACGUGGGUCCGAAAGAAGUGCGGCCUAGUCCGGACUGGCUUCAUUUCGGGCGUGGCGCAGCUCUCUAGCCUCAUGCUGUGCGUCUUCUCUGUCUUCGCUCCCGGGAGCCCCUUAGAUCUCAGCGUUUCGCCCUUCCAGGAUCUUUACGCCCACACGCUGCCCGAGGCUGAGAACCUUGUGAGUGUCCUUACCGGUUGGAACAUUACCGCCACCAGCGCGCCGACUGAGGAACUACCAAGCCUCAAGUCCUACGUGUCCGUUAGUUUGCUGUUUGCUGGCGUCAUUGCUGCGAGAGUCGGCCUGUGGUCCUUUGACCUGACGGUGACUCAACUCAUCCAGGAGAAUGUGAUCGAAUCAGAGCGAGGUGUGAUCAACGGCGUCCAGAACUCCAUGAACUACCUCUUGGACCUGCUGCACUUCAUCAUGGUGAUCCUGGCGCCCCACCCGGAGGCCUUCGGCUUGCUGGUCAUCAUCUCGGUGUCGUUCGUGAUGGCGGGCCACAUCAUGUACUUCUACUUUGCCUUCAAUCGUCUCGGCCACCGUCUGUUUCUCUGCUGCUCGCCAGAGCAGAAGGUAGAGACAGACAACAGCCCUUCGCCUACCAAUGCUGUCUAACUGCCUUUCACACAGACAUAUUGGUAUAGCCAUCUAGCUUGGUAUAUACACACAUAGCAAAUAUGUAUCUCCUACAGCAGCGUUACUAACGUCUUCACAUGUAGCCAGUCGAGUGCGAAAGCUUGCCAUUGAAGCUUUAGCGAUGAGUCAAGAGCUGAGAGUAGAAAACUAAUCUAAAUUGUAGAUUAGGCAGAGGUUUUUCUGAAUCCUCCUGUUGCGGUUGUCUCUUUGGUACACUAAAAAAGUUCAUGGGUCAUCAAUCUGACUCGCCACUUUUAUCCACAAAAAAUGUUCACGGGUCAGUAUGACCCGCCCCAAAAAUAUGGGUUAAUUUGACCUGCUUUUUUUUUUUUUUACUACAAGCCAGUUUUUGAUUGUCCUCCAAACAGAGGAGAAGCAGGCUGCUGAUAUUGAGCUCUCCUGUUAUAUUGCGGCUCAAACUGACCCCUAAAAAGAAAGCACAAAAAAAAUGCGGUUAUUUAUUAUAUUUUUUUUUUUGUACUUUCAAUUUCUGAAUUAUUUUUGAAUUAGCUUUUCUUAUGAUUGAACCUGAAGCAGGAUGUAUUGACCCAUGAAACAACCCUAACAGAAGGUUAGAAGUUCCAAACAGACCUUUUUUGGUACUGUAUAGCACUAUCUUGGUAUGUCCAUCUAUCUUGGUAUAACUCUCUCUCCUGCAAGGCUGCUAUUGAAGUACUAACAUCUUCACACAUAACCAGUUGAGUGUGAAAGUUUGGGAUUAAAGCAAUAGCAAUGAGUAGAGGUGAGAAUUGAGUACUAAUCCAAAGUUGCACUUGAGAUGAGGAAGAGGUUUCCCUAACCCUCCUGUUAUGGUUGUCUCUUUGGUCCAACAAAAAUGGGUCAAUGUGACUUCCUGCAUGUUCGGGCACAAAAAUGUGACUGGAAAAUCACAGAUUUUUUUUGUUGGAGGUCAAUUUGAGUUGCAAAAUAACAGGAGUGUUGACUUUUUUUUUUUUUUUUUUUUUAGGAGACAGCAGCCGUAUGUUUUUUUGGGCGAAUGACAUUAAGAGAUGAUUGUUCUCCAAACAGCGGAGAUCUUUAACCCUCCUGUUAAAAUCCAUUUAAAAAAAAAGGUUAAGAUUUGGACAUAACUUAUUUGCUGGAGUUAUUUUUAUUUUAUUUUAUUUUUUAAAUCAAAUCUUUUUUGUUAAUGUACAGGAAAAUUCAUAUAAAACUUUUAGCCUUGUUUUCCUAUAUAUACAUCUUUUAAUGACCUUUUUUAUUAUUGUUAUUUAUGUCCAGAAAAAAAAUCUGAUUACAUUAUUCUAGCCUUGUUUUCCCCUUUUAUUUUAUGUAAUUUUAAUGGACAGUAAAAUUCAAAUUAAACUUCUGCUGGUCUUAAUUUCUUUUAUAAUUAUUUUUUUUAAAUAGAUUUUUAUGAUAAAAAACCAAAAUAUUCUGAUUAAAACAUAUCCUGCUGGCCUUAUUAUUUUUAAAUUAUUCAAAGUAUACAGUGUAUACGUGGGUCGCAUUGACCCACGAACCAAACCUAACAGGAGGGUUAAGAUGUUCAACAUUGCAGUGACGUCAUUGGUGUUUCAAGUGUCUCUUAGUCAUCGUCCCGCGUUAGCUCACACAGGUUGGGAUUAUUUUUUAUUUUCUUAUUACUUUAACCAAACAACAGCAACACCGGAAUGUCGUCUUUUAUUUUUACGUGGUCUAAGGGUUAUGCACAUAACUAUUUAUUCAGGUAAUGCAGGUGGUGGUUUUGAUAAACAAGACAGCAGUGUUGUAUUUCAACGGGGACAAAAAAAAAACAACCUAUGCAGCCACUUCAAUAGCUCUCAGUUACCAAAGUCCAGGUUCAUAUGUGUGGUGUGAAAGAAAGAAGAGAGGGAAAUCCGCUGAUGUGUCUUGAAGCAUUCUUAACAGCUAUUUUUGCAUCAGGUGACAAAAAAAGGUCUGGAUAUUUUUACUAAUGCUUUCUUACUGUAAUUGUCAAUUCUGCUUACUUGUUAUUCUUAUAACCACCCCCUUUGUGAUUCGUUGCAGUUCACCUAGAUGGACUUUUCUUUUCUCCUCCCCCACUUUUGUGAUCGUUAUUACACCAGCACUUUAAAUGAUUGACAUUGGUCAUUACACCUAAUGUCUCAUCAGACUUUUGAUUGUUUUUGCACAAGACUGAAGUUCACAGGCUCGGGGUGUGGCUGGAAAAAGCGCAUAACUAUGUUUGGUAACAGCUCUUGUAAGGUAGGAGGUCUGAAACCAGGCUGUGCUUACCUUGGCUGUCCCAAAAUGUGGGCUUAAGAAUGCAAGAUCUGCAUUUUUAUAACUGGGGUGCCUCAAAAAAAAUUUGUGUGUGCCAUUUUGCAGUAAUUUAACCCUCCUGUUCUGUUCAUUUCUCAGGAACAGCAAUAAUGUUCUCAGGCAAUUUUUUUUUACUUGGGCCACAUGUAAAAGUUCAUUUAAGAAGUUUCAUACCGAAAACCUACUUCAGUUGAAUUGCACUCUUACCCCAUUGACUGCCAGCCGUUUUCAAAGUAGACCAGUCGUUUUGCAGCAUUUUGACUUCUUUCAGGACCCACAGAAUAUUGUAUUCUGUGACAAUAUACACGCCGGACCUACCAAAAGAAAGAGUAGACUCUUUUCUUUUACUAGAAAAAAAAUGUUUGUUUCUAGCAUUUCCCUUUCUUUAGUUAUCAGCAGUAGAACAUGGAUUGGUUUCACCAAAAACACGCGUUUCUGGCCAAACGGAGAAAACAAGCUUUUUUCUAAUGAAAAGAAACAUCAAGCAGAACAGUGACUUUGACGCUAAUAUCUUUUGUUUUUGUGACAAACAAGGCUGAGAAAGGACUUCAAGUGAACCUGGAUUUCACAGCAAGCUGGUUGUCACCUACCCAUUGAAUAACAUACUUGACAAAUGUAUGUCGGUGGCAGUGAACGACUUGAUUCCAGUCGAUUAAACAUCCACGGCAGUGAGUUAAAUGGGUCAAUUUGACUCACAACACAACAGGAGGGUUAUCAGCUUGACUCAGAUAUAAAAGUAAACACAAUGACAAAAGAAAGCAUCUCAGCAAGGUGGAAAAAAACACUGUGUGACUUGACAGCCACUCAACACGAAGUGGUAGAAAGAAAGGCCAUUUUUUGUAGGGAGUGACCAACUUUUGAUACAAAAUGCAGUCGCCUGAAGAACGAAGCUUGGUUUUCCAUUUUCUUGCCAGACCUUUAAUGUAACAUUCUGCAAACUUACAAACUUACAAAAGGCCAUAAACAUAUUUCUAUGUAGAUAGCAUUUAAUGUCAGUCAGAAUCCAUGUAUCCAAUUGCAAAAAGGUUAAAAAGUGUCAUCAUUGUGCUUUUCUUAAAAAAGAUUUUUUAUAUCUUCCAUGUGUUGUCAAAUAGUUUUGUGAUUUCAAUUAGAUGCAUGAACCUGACACUAUGUUUCUGUCUUUAUACAUAAUGUGAUGUGUGUCGUUUCAUUGAAUCGGGGAAAAAAAAAAAAAAAAAAAAAAAGAAUCAAUCACUCCAUGAAAAUAUAAAUUGACAGUACUGUUUAUAAUGCAAGGGGCAUCUUAAAUAAAGGACCUAAAGUAUCGACAA